AUGGGAAAUAAAAUGUCACAAAGUCUCUGGAUAUUUAUUCUGAUUAUAUACUCCUCUCAUGCAGUGAUGAUAACAUACAUUGUGGAAUCUCAUAUAUUCUGUGACAUGAACUCGUCGGAAAUAGACAGUAUAUCGAAAUCCAUAUCAGUUUUUGUUAAUGAAACAUCCACUUCAUUAAAACAGUUGCAAUUAGACCAUGGUAUAGUAACUUUUUGUGCUUUUCAUAAUUUGGAUGAGGAUAUUUCAAAUUACACGGAUUUAAUUGUUUUUAUCUCAGAGAACGAAACAACAAAUUUCUCUACAUUGUCAAUAACAUCAAAUAUCCCAAUAAUUUCGAAUACAUAUGAUGGAAAUAAUACUAUUAUUUCUACACAAUACACAACAGAAACGCUGGGUAACUUCAUAUACAAAGUCCUAGAAGUGCUUGAAUGGCCAUACAUCCAAGUCGUUUUGCAGCCUACACCUUACUACUUCGAUAUUCUUAAUACGUUUAAGCAAUCACGUGACUCCCCAUACAUAUGUGCAAUACGGACAUUUGAAGUGAAUUCAACUUCAGAGAGGGAAAUCGAACUUUUGCUGGCGUCACUUCAAUAUGAAACUAAUACGAAAGGAAUAUUAAUAUUGACAGACGAUUCAGUUUUACAAAGUAUCGUACAGAUCUGGACAGCAAAUAAAGAUCUUGAACAAUUUUACUUCGUUGCUUUAGUUGAAGAUUCAGGAAAAAUUAAACCAUCCUUAGAAUCAAUUCCAGGUUGGGUCUUUAUUCCGCGCCAUUCAGCGAAUCUUAUUUCAGAGAGUUUUCUAUAUGGCAACCUAUCAAUUACAAAUAUUAUGGAGGAAGUCAGAGUUACAACAGUAUUCCUUAUGGACGCUUUAAGCAAUGUCAACAGCAGUGCUUGUGAUUACCAGAGCAAAGAGGAAGAUGAUGCUUGUUUACAGUCGAGAUGGAUUUUUGAAAUGAGAUUGAAAGAAGAAGAAAUCAGUGUUUACAAUGUUCAGAUAGAUCAGCUUUUAAAUAACAGGAAUAUCGCAAUGGCUAGAUUUGUUCAGGUUGGAAAGAUGGAUAAUGGCAAAUACCUAACGAUGAAUCCAAUGAAAUUAUACGACAAAAAUAAUCUAAUCUUAAAAAGCAAUGCAGUUUCUUGGAGUGAGGCGUUCGCAUACAUUUGUCGUUCAUUUGUAAAAUUCCAAAGACUUACAUCACCAACUGAAACGGAUAUUCAAAUAAUUGGAUCUUUACCUCUCCAUUAUCCUUCAUACACUCCCGAGGGGUGUGGCGAAUUGCGAGAUAAUUACAUUUUGUUAACUGAGGCCCUCAUAUUUGCAAUUGAGUAUGUUAACAAUAUGACAAACAUCUUACCAAAUUUGAAGUUAGGAUACGAUAUCAUUGAUACAUGUACGGUACCUUCCAGAUUCAUUCAUCAAAUGUACAUUCUGAAUUCGAGAGGACUAAGAAAUACAACUUUAACGAGAAAAACCUACAUUGGUGGAGUGGGAUUUCCAUUUAGCUCCGAGGUCGAACAUUUGGCAGGAUAUCUUUCUUCAAAGGAAAUACCUACCAUAAGUAUCAGUGCAACUAGUUCUGUGUUUUCUGACAAGAUACUGUAUCCAUAUUUCAUGCGUAUGGUUCCUUCUAAUAAAGAAGAAACAUUGGCGAUAAUUGGAGUCUUGGAAUAUCUUUCCAUUCAUACUAUCGGCAUUGUUUACACCAACGAUGCAUUUGGAGCAGAUCUCACGAAGAGCGUAUUGCAAUUUGCAGAGGAAAAGGGAAUCAGAGUGGUGUAUUUGAUGAGAAUGGAAGAAUCGUAUAUGAGAAAUUCUGAUGUUCUAAACUAUCUUGUGGAAAGAUUUAUUAUUGGAAAUAAUAAUGAUGUUCAAGCUGUAGUUUCACUUACCCAAAGCAAUCACAUGAAAGCUAUUUUACAGCGACUUACUGAUUCAAAGUUCAACCAAGUUUUCUGGAUUGGAUGCGAUACGUGGAUAGCAGGUAUUGAGGAAAGCUUCUUUAGAAAGAACAUUGAAGUAGCAAGCAAUGCAAUUCUUAUAACAUUUGAAACAAAAAUUUCGGAAAAGUUUCUUAAGUAUCUAAGCAGGAAACAGGAUGUAUUGGAAAAUAACCUGUUCAUCAGGCAGCUGGUAGAAAAAAUAGAUAACUGCACUUUUGAAGCGAAUCAGCCUUGGAAAGCCCAAUGCAAAGACGCUGUGAAUUUUCAAAAUAUCAUUGAAGAAAUUGAUCUUCAUGGAGAAACACACAUCAUAGAUGCUAUUUUUGUCCUUGCAAAUGGAUUAGAUGCAUUAAUAAGAACCUUCUGUCCUUUGCUUGAUUACUGUAACGAAGCUAAUUUGAACAAAGACAAAUUGGCAGAAAUUGCUCAAAAGUUGCACGUUAAAGACAUCAACGGCGACCAAAUAUAUUUUGAUAGCAAAGGGGAUGGAAAGAAUAUUUUUUAUAUCAUGCAGAUCAAUCCAGCGCUUAAAAUUCACACAUACGAAAAGAUCGGAAUGUGGCUGGAAGGCAAAACUAUGAUAAAUAAUGACACAUUGAAAAUACCAAAGUCAAUGUUACAAAACAAUCUCCAGCCCUGUAACGGGAGAGAUUGUUAUUCUCUAAGAGUAGGCAUGGCUGAAAUGCUGUAUACGUUCAUUCCAGGUGACGUUAUGAUUUAUGCCUUUCUAGAAUUGUUUGAAAUGAGCAAUGGUACAUGUUCAAAUACCCUCAUUCUAGACCAUUUUGAAGUUGCGUCUUCAGUUUUAUGGAGCAUUCAAACCAUAAAUAAGAAACAGCCAAAGAACAAUCCUCGAAUAGGAUUAGGAAUAUUUGGAGUAUGUGGCCAUGAUUCUACGAUAGCAAAGAGUGUUGCUAUACCAUCAUUUGUUGUACCUAAGCUUCCAUCUUCUCCUUUCACUAAACCUAUACUGGGAUUUGUCGGAGCUCUUACAAACCCUGUGGCCUCGGCAUUGAGCAAUGCAAGAGAUUCCCUGUCGCAAGACUUCCCAAUGAUAAUAUCAGCAACGACAGAACAAUUCAACGAUAGAAAUAGAUUCCCGCGAGUUUUCAGAACCGCUAUGUCAUCAUCCUCCGACGUGUACAUUGCCAUGGAAUUUGCAAAGAGGCUUGGCUGGACCUAUUUUCACGCUCUAUUUGGUGAUCGUGAUCAGUCUUUGUUAGAUCUUUUGGAAAUGGAGGCUUCACCUUUAAACAUUUGCCUAGCUUCCAAGCAUACAAUAAAAAUGUCAGAUCAGGAAAAUGAGCUAUCCAAGGCUGUUGAUAAAAUGUUGCAAUACAAUGGUGCAACUGUUGUCAUGGUCUUCAUUCCAAAUGUUGCCAUUGAAAUGUUACUAAAAGUAGCACAUGAGAAAAAUACUUUUGGAAGGCUUGUUUUUAUCAUUCCAAAGCCUGUUGAGAAUGUAGAGAGAAUCCUUGCCAAAUACAGUAAACCUUCAAUGGGAUUGGUUAUUCUUCAGAACAACAUGACAGAAAACACACAGUUUAAAUCGUACUUCCAAAGCCUUAACAUUGAAGAGGGAGAUUGGUCUGAACAACUACCAUGGGGAAAAAGAUUUUGGGAAGAUGUUCACAAAUGCAAUUUACGAUUUUCCAAUAGAUAUAACAAAGACUGUACAAUGGAUUUGAUGCUGAAGACAGUUAACAUGAAACAGUCACCAUAUGUAGUUUCUACAAUCAAUGGAAUAUAUGCAUUAUCUGCGUCUUUCCAAAACUUUCUGACGAAACAUUGUAACAGUUCAGAUUUAGUCAGUUGUGUACACAGGAAUUCCUCUGAUAUGUAUCAGCAACUUGAACACGAGCUAGAUCAUGUAAAUGUUAUACCCGAUGGUGGAACAAAGUUCGCUUUCGAGAAUAGAAAUGCGUCAGUACCCAUGGCAAUCCUUAACUAUCAGUAUGGGCCUAAAGGAAAUCCCAGACUGGUUACAAUUGGAAGUAUUCAGAAUAAGGAGAUAACUCUAGACUUACGAAAAUUGAGUAUGUACAACUUGAAUGGUGCUCGCAGAAUCUUCAAAUCAGAAUGUCCUAAUGAUCAGUGUUCGGCCUGUCUAGACCCAAACUUUGUGUCCAACUACCACGACAGAGUCAAACACCUUUCCGGUCUUCCUCCUGCAACAGUGAACAGUUUUGAAAGUGGAGUUGGGCUUACUACGAUUUUUCUUAUAAUAAUUGGUGUUGGAGUAGCAGUUGUGUGUACUUAUUACCUGGCUAAAUUUUCCUCUCAUAAAAUAUUUAGUCUUUCUGCUGAUGGACAUGCUUGUAUAAUCCUUGGAACAACGAUACAAAUUCUCGGAGCCGCAGUGUAUCUGUUUGAUGGUUCGCCAUUAGCAUGUGGCGUUCAUCUCGCUCUGCCUGGAAGCGUUUAUAGUAUCACUCUCACUGGCCUACUGAUCAAACUGAACAAAACUGCCUGUCUUCAUGCGAUCAUCGGGACAAACAUCACCAAACUUCCAAAAUGGGACUUCGCUCUCACUUAUCUUCCAAUAGUUAUGUCUGCACCUAUUAUUGUUUUCGUUGUUUGGAAUGUGAGCGAUCCUGUGACAAUGACUUGGUCCGUGCCAACCCUGUUUGAAAUCUCAAAUAUCGACGACAUAUCUAUUACCUGGCGUUGUGAUUUCAAUCGAACAGAAUAUGCAAUUUUCAUGACUUUCUUCUGGAUCAUAUUGUUCCUCUGUAUGACAUUAUCUGUCAUCUACAAGUGCAGAAAGACAGGACGAAAAGAGGUGAAGCAAGUUUUGCUGUCGGCAACUUGCUUUUCCCUCUUUACCAUCGCCACGACCAUUGUUCGUUUGUUGAGUAACGAUCACGUGCUCUUCAGAGCGUUCAUGUCGGUGACUCUUCCAUUGAACGGAAUCAUUAUUUUGGUUGUGAAUUUUCUUCCACAAAUUGUUGAUCUAAUGAGGGAAAAGAACCGAGAAUUGUUGUUCUCUAGACUAAUGUCAGAUAAUAAAUCUACUCACAUUGCACAGUUAUGGAAAGAACUGAUACAAGAAGAGAGCACAUCAAAAAAGAAAGAGAAACCAAAAAGAAAAAAGGAGAAGGAAAAAGUUUCCAUGUCAGUAGUUGGACUUUCGUCAAAAUGGAGAAAAAAGACAAAAGGACAAAAAGAAGACGCAUCUGAAGCAUAA